GGAAAAGUAACUGGGUGGGGCAGCCAUUAGCCACCAUUUCCUCGGCGAAACAUGGGUAUUACAAAGUUCAACAUUUGAGGUACGCCGCCGUCUUUUUCUCCACGAAUUUCCUUCUACAGACAGAUCACAGGACUAGCCAGAGUGCAUAGCAUUUUAUUUGCCAAUUGGAAAAAUAAAAUAUAUGGUUUCUGUCGGAGCAGACCCAAACCCGUCGCCGAUUUCUUUUUAACCAAAGACCGCCGGCGCUGACUUGUGGUUUCCUUCUAGACGUCUUCCAGCUCCAGCCACGCUGCCGCAGCAUUUGAGUUCUGAGGUUCCCCCCGGUCAUAGCAGGGCCGCCAAUUCUUCCAUCCUCCCUGACCAAAUUAUCCUAAGAAAUCUCAGUGUCUUUUUCUGCAAAACAAUGAGUUGCUCAACUCUUUUUUCUCUCAAAACUCCACUCUUUACCUCCACCACUGUCAGCCACUCUAAUAAUCUUCGGCCCACCAAUUAUUUCGUGACAACAGCAUCUCUCGAAGUGGGCGUGCAUUCCAAUCCGAAACCAUUACUUAAUGAGAACCCAAAGAAGACUUCAGAAGUAAUCGCUGACGAGAAGAAAUUUGUGGUGGGCACCUAUGCAAGGGCACCAGUGGUGUUGGCCAGUGGGAAGGGCUGUAAAGUGUACGAUGUUGAUGGGCAAGAAUAUCUGGACUUGACAUCUGGUAUUGCUGUCAAUGCUCUUGGUCAUGGGGACCCCGAUUGGGUGCGGGCAGUUACGGAGCAAGCUAAUGUACUCACGCAUGUCAGUAAUAUAUACUAUUCCAUUCCACAGGUGGAGCUUGCAAAACGUCUGGUUGCUUGCUCUUUUGCUGAUCGUGUGUUUUUUUCCAACUCUGGAACCGAGGCAAAUGAAGCUGCUAUUAAGUUUUCCCGGAAGUUCCAAAGAUAUUCACAUCCAGAUGAGAAGCAGCCACCAAUGAAGUUCAUUGCCUUCACAAAUUGCUUCCAUGGUAGAACCAUGGGUGCUCUUGCAUUGACAAGCAAAGAGAAUUACAGAUCACCUUUUGAGCCUGUUAUGCCUGGAGUGACAUUCUUAGAAUAUGGUAAUAUCCAAGCUUCUACUGAAAUUAUUCAGAGUGGGGAAAUUGCUGCAGUAUUUGUUGAACCCAUUCAAGGAGAAGGUGGUAUAUAUAGUGCAACAAAGGAGUUCUUGCAAUCACUGCGCACUGCCUGUGAUAAUACCGGUUCUCUUCUUAUUUUUGACGAGGUACAAUGUGGCUUAGGCCGAAGCGGUUUUCUUUGGGCCCAUGAAGCUUAUGGUGUAUACCCAGAUAUAAUGACUCUCGCAAAGCCUCUAGCCGGAGGUCUACCUAUUGGUGCCGUGCUGGUAACCGAAAAGGUGGCUCCUGCAAUAAAUUUUGGAGAUCAUGGUAGCACUUUCGCAGGUGGCCCUCUUGUUUGUAGUGCUGCAAUUGCUGUGUUGGAUAAAAUUUCAAGUCCAGGCUUUUUAGCUAGUGUCUCAGAGAAAGGUCAAUAUUUCAGAGAACUGUUAGUUAAAAAGUUGGGAGGAAAUUUGCAUGUGAAAGAAGUACGAGGUUCAGGACUGAUUAUCGGCAUAGAGCUCGAUGUAUCUGCCUCCCCAUUGGUCGAUGCAUGCCAACAGUCGGGUCUUCUUAUCUUGACUGCAGGAAAAGGAAAUGUUGUUAGAAUUGUGCCACCACUGAUCAUAUCGACUCAGGAAAUAGACCAGGCCGUUGAGAUCUUGAUUGAUCGUAUCCCUGUUCUUGAUCAGGCUAGCACAAAUUAGAUGUCAAAUUCAAGGAUUCUUGAACCUUUCCCCAUCUGAAUUGGGGCUCCAAGCUUAUAAGUGAUAAAUAUAAAAUCCUUGCAGACUAUUUUUCAAUAAAAUUAAUGAACCAUUUGCCUGCUUAUCAGAGUAUGUGGCUUUCAUAUUCCUUUCAA